AUGAUCACCAGAGUGGCCCUUGCGCAUCCAGAGCUCUCAGCUGUCAAUUUCACCGGGUCGUCAGACGUGUUCCGCAGUCUGUAUGGCAGGAUAGCAGACGGCGUGAAGGAAAGAAAAUAUCGUGACUUUCCACGACUGGUUGCGGAGACAUCGGGAAAGAAUUUCCAUUUGAUUCAUUCUUCGGCCGAUAUCAGCAAUGCUGUCAAACAUACGAUCCGUGCCUCCUUCGAGUACGCAGGGCAAAAGUGCUCGGCUUGCUCGCGAAUCUAUAUCCCGGAAAUGGGACCACCCGAGGAUUUCGAAAGCUUUACCGGCCCUGUCAUACACCAAGCAGCCUUUGAGAAACUCACCAGAGUAAUUAAUGCUGCCAACACAGACAGUCGGCUGGAGCUUGUCGCCGGGGGCAAGUAUGGCGGCGGCAAGGUAUUUUUCAUUGAACCCACCGUUUACACUGCAAAGGCGUUGGAUCAUCCUCUCUUCGGCCAAGAGCUCUUUGGUCCCAUCCUGGUUGUCCACAUCUAUCGCGACGCGGACUUUGACUCACUCUUGGCCAAGAUUGACCAACAAGGAGGCGGGUUUGCGCUGACUGGAUCCAUCUUUGCAACAGAUCCAGCGGCGAUUCGGUCGGCCGAGGACAGGCUUCGUUAUGCUGCUGGGAACUUUUACAUCAAUUGCAAGACAACUGGGGCCGUCAUUGGUCAACAGUCUUUCGGAGGAGCACGAGGUAGCGGCGCCAAUGACAAGGCUGGGAGUGCAAACAUAUUGAUGAGCUUCACGGCUCCACGGACCCUGAAGGAGGAGUACCAUAGCCUAGACACUGUACUCUACCCAAGCAACUGUUGA